UGGAUCUUCGAGUUACACAGUAAUGUUUACACGACACCAGCUGGUUUUACUUGCACUCGUGUCAACUUGGUUUUCUGCAUAUGCGCUGGAACCGGCACAUGACGGCCAAUCAGCUGAGACCAUUCAACAGCCGGAAGUCACUGAAAAAUUUAAAUCGUAUGAUGAAGUCUUCAAAAAACUAUUCAUCACGAAAAGGAAACAGCAUUUGAGUGCAGUAAAAAACCUCAGGAAUCUGGAUUCUUAUGAACGAAAAUACGAUAUGAUAUCAAUUAUAAUAAAAAACGUCAUUGAAAUAAUUGAAGCGAAGAAAAAUUCUCUCGAGGAGAUCAAGGAUGGAUUGAAGGAGAACCGAACGCUAUCAUAUGUACCUGACGAGCUAAGAGACGGUUUGUCUUCAGUUCUCGAGAACACAGCAUUCUUCGGGGACAUAGUUCUUCAGGUCCCUGACAUAACGCACAGAAUAUUGAAGAAGAACAGCCAUUGGAAAAACCAAAUGCAGUGGUCGUUGAACUUUGCCAACGAAACACGAUUUCUUCUUGAUGAGGCAACAGGAGGAAUGCUCGAUCUAGCAUUUCAGGAGCUCAAUAUAACGCAGAGACUUCCCAACUACGUGAAUCCGUACUCUUCAGAAAAUCAAGGAGAUUCCGGAGAUAAAACUUCGGAGAGGAAGAAAAAGGAGAGAAAGAAACGAAAAACUGGGCCUCAAAUGGUUCGUGUCGAUUUGUAAAAUUAUAACACCCAAAUAAAUUCAAUAAAUAUUAUUUUUCAGUGUAUAGAGUUC